AUGAAAUUCACAGUCCCCUUCUUCUCGAUUCUAGCCAUAAGUACCACCGUCCUGGCUUAUGGCUACGGCGACGAACCAGACGAACCAGCCCCAAAGUGUACAAAAACAAUUUCCAAAACAAAGUGGAUUACAAGCCGGGUUACAAGCCGGGUUACACAACCCGUGUACAUCACCAGAUCGAUCCUAGUAGCAACUACCAUAACAAAGUAUGUGACUUCUACUGUUGCAGCUGGUAGCGAGACGGAGGAAGAGUAA